UGGGCAAGCUCGCCGGAGAGAUGGGAUUCACGCACGUGUCGCUGUCGUCGGAGGUGAUGCCCAUGGUCAAGGCGGUGCCGAGGGGCUUCACGACCGCCGCCGACGCCUACCUGACCCCGGUCAUCGCCCGCUACGUGGCCUCCUUCCGCUCGGGCUUCGACCGGGGGUUCGACGACGUCAAGACCCUCUUCAUGCAGAGCGACGGCGGCCUGACGCCCGUGGCCAGCUUCCGCGGCAGCCGGGCCAUCCUCUCCGGCCCGGCCGGCGGUGUCGUGGGCUACGCCGCGACCAGCUACGGCGACGACGGUGCCACCGGCAGCGGCGGCGGCGGCGGCGGCGGCGGCGGUGGCGGCGGCAGGGAGGAGAAGCCGGCCGUGAUCGGCUUCGACAUGGGCGGCACGUCUACCGGGGUGACGCUGCAGUCCCCGCAGCUGGACAUCAACACCGUCGCCGCCGGCGGAGGAUCUCGCCUCUUCUUUCGCAGCGGCCUUUUCGCCGUCGGACCGCAGAGCGCCGGCGCACACCCUGGACCAGUGUGUUACCGCAAGUCUGGACACUUGGCUGUGACCGACGCCAACGUGUUCCUCGGACGCGUGAUCCCGCGCUACUUCCCCAGGAUAUUCGGGCCCCGGGAGGACGAGCCUCUCGACGCCGAGGGACCCCGGUUGGCGUUCGAGGAGAUGGCCAAGCAGGUCAACGCUCUCGCCGCCGCGACGGCGGCUCAGACCGGAGCAUCACCCCCCGCCGCUAAGACCGCGGACGACGGACACGACGCGUCGACUCACGUGCUGGCGACCUUCGGGGGCGCGGGCCCCCAGCACUGCUGCGCCAUGGCGAGGGCCCUCGGCAUGAGCCGCAUCCUCGUCAGCCGCUUCUCCGGGGUGCUCUCGGCGUACGGCCUGUCGGCCGCGGAUGUUGUCUGCGAGAAGCAGGAGGCGUGCGCCGCCGAGUACAGCGGCGAGGCGGGCGGGGAAGGACCGCCGGAGGUGUGGGAGAAGGUGCGCGCCCUCGAAGAGUCCGCCCGGUCUGACCUGGCGAAGCAGGGCUUCGGGCCCGACGACGUGCGGUGCCAGACGUACCUGAACCUCCGCUUCCAGGGGACCGACACAGCCCUCAUGACACCCGCGUCGCCCCCGCCGCACAAGGCGCCCGAGCCCGGCAGCAGUGGGAGCGGCGAAGGGGAGGAUGACGCGCUGCAGUCGUUCUUCGGGCAGUACAGGAGGGAGUUCGGGUUCGUUUUGGAGGGACGGGCCGUCGUCGUCGACGACGUCCGGGUCCGCGCGGUCGGCCGCAGCCCGCCGGCACACCGCCCGAGGGUGGAAGCGGCCCCGCCGGGGCAGGAGUCCAACCCGGUGCCCGUGGACCACGCGUCGUGCUACUGGGAAGGGCUGGGCAGGGUCGAGACGGCUGUGCACAGGCUCGCCGAGCUUAAGGCCGGGCACAGGGUGGAGGUGGUCGAGCCCGGCUGCACCGCUACCGUUUCGCCGUUCGGGGACGUUGCCAUCGACGUCGGAGACGUCGCCGCCGAGGGGGACGAUGGCAGCGGCGGCGGCGACGGCGGCGGCGGGCGAAAGCGCGUGAAGCGGGAGCUCGACCCCGUGUACCUGUCGAUCUUCGCGCACCGAUUCAUGGGCAUCGCUGAGCAGAUGGGACGCACGCUGCAGCGCACCUCGAUCAGCGUGAACAUCAAGGAGCGGCUGGACUUCUCGUGCGCCGUGUUCGACUCGACGGGCGGCCUCGUUGCGAACGCUCCUCAUCUCCCCGUGCACCUCGGCGCCAUGCAGGAGGCGGUCAGGUACCAAGUGCGGCACUGGGGGUCAAACCUCAAGGCGGGCGAUGUGCUCCUCUCCAACCACCCGCAGCUCGCCGGGGGGAGCCACCUGCCGGACAUGACGGUCAUCACACCGGUCUUCAUGGAAGGCCAGGCAGAUGGCACGGGGCCGGCGUUCUUCGUUGCAUCCAGGGGCCACCACGCCGACGUCGGCGGCAUUGCCCCGGGGUCCAUGCCGCCGCUCUCCAAGACCCUGGAAGAGGAAGGCGCGGCGAUCGUGGCCUUUAAGCUGGUGACGAUGGGGGUGUUCGACGAGAAAGGCGUGUCGGAUCUGCUGCACGCGCCCGGGGAGCGGGGGGACCCUGCCUGCAGCGGCACGAGAAACCUGCAGGACAACCUCAGCGAUCUCAGGGCGCAGGUGGCAGCGAACACCCGCGGCGUGGCCCUCCUUCAAGGACUGGUUUCCGAGUACGGCAUCGACGUCGUCUCCGCAUACAUGGGCCACAUACAGGAAAACGCAGAGGCGGCUGUACGGCACAUGCUCGUGGACUUCUCGCUGCAGAUGGGUCUUGCCGAGGUGGGAACGGUGAAUGCCGAGGACUUUAUGGACGACGGCACGCCCAUACGCCUCGCGGUCACGAUCGACCGCACCACACGCUCCGCUCUCUUCGACUUCGAGGGGACGGGCGCGGAGGUCCUCGGCAACCUCAACGCCCCGCCCGCCGUGACGGCAUCUGCCGUGAUCUACGCCCUCCGCUGCCUGCUCCCCGGGGAUGCCGCCGACGUCCCCCUCAACCAGGGGUGCCUUGCCCCCGUCGAGAUCCGCAUCCCGGAGGGGUGUCUCCUGAACCCUUCUCCGACGGCGGCGGUGGUGGGCGGCAACGUGCUCACCUCCCAGCGCGUCACCGACGUGAUCCUCAAGUGUUUCCGGGCGUGCGCGGCGAGCCAGGGGUGCAUGAACAACCUCACGUUCGGGGACGAGGCCAUGGGGUACUACGAGACCAUUGCCGGCGGGGCGGGGGCAGGCCCAACCUGGUCCGGGUGCAGUGGCGUGCACACCCACAUGACCAACACUCGCAUCACCGACCCAGAGAUACUGGAACGGAGGUACCCGGUAAUCCUCAACUCUUUCGGCCUGCGGCGAGGCUCCGGCGGCGGCGGCGCCAGGCCCGGCGGCGAUGGCGUCUCCCGCUCGAUGACCUUCCGGAAGCCGCUCACCGUCAGCGUGUUGUCAGAGAGGCGCUCCUUCCGUCCGUGGGGGUUGGCGGGAGGGCAGCCGGCGGAGCGGGGACUCAACUUCCUGCGUUUCCGCGGCGGUGGCGGAGGCAACAGCGGGCGUUCGGUCAGCCUGGGCGGCAAGAACACCGUCAAGGUCAACGCGGGCGACCGCCUCACCAUCCUCACCCCGGGGGGCGGGGGGCACGGGACCCCCCCUUCUCCGCUCUCGAUGGAGGUAGACGGCGGCGGUGUCGGCGUCGGCGUCGGUACCGGGGACUUCGAAGACCCCGACCGGAAGUCCAGGCGGGAGGCCGAGAUGCGUCUCGGGGGAAGCGUUGCAGGGCACCGUCUGGGGCAGGAGCAGGCCUAAGGCACGUUUGGUCGUAACCCUCCCAUCAUUGGCAGGAGCAGACUAAAGUGGUGGUAUACUGCUUAUGUACCGCACUUUGGUCGUCCUCCGAUCAGUGGCAGGACCAGCCCUGGAGCGGUAUGCCGCCACUGCUUGUAUGUACCGCAAGGACGGUCGUCCUUCAAUCAGUCUGGCUGGCCUGCUCCUUCUUCGCCUCAUGAGGUCGUUCGCGUCUCGACCCAGCAGUCGGAGGUUUCGUCGCGGUAGCGCCAGGAGUUUUGCGCCCUGCUCGUGUCUCCGUCUAUCUGUCAGUCUGCAUGCUUGCUUGUGUGUAUGCCUAGACUACUACAGUACAUGGAUGCCCCGUGGACCUUGAACAGUAAGGAGCCGGAGGUGCUGCGAGGGGGUCACGAGAAUCGUUUCACUGAGUAGCAGAGGGGAGGAGGCCAGCCAGCACACGCGUAGGCGACAGGGGCCGAAUGGCUGGCUUUCGCCUUUCUGCCGUCCGACAGCCAGCGAUCCCAUCAUGAGCCACUGGACAAGAUACUUACCUCAGUGCUCAUUCCGUCUGUCUGUUUGCAUGCUUGCUUGUGUGUAUGCGUGCCUACAUAGACUAGAUGCCUCUGGGAGCACAAGCGUAAGGAGCAGUGGGUUGCUGCGCGGAGGUCCUUAGAAUCGUUUUUUUCAUGUCGACAAAGCAACAGAAGAGGGAGGCAGGGCUAGCCAGCACACGCGUGAACGAGGAGGGGGAUGCAUGACUGACUGCCGUCUUCUUAGCCGCUUACACGUUCGCUACCAAUCCAUGUGUUCUUGCCAUCCCAACCUACUACGCUGAGGGCGCCUGGGUCUA